AUGACCGCAGUUCCCGUCUCCAGUUCUACUGCCAAAAUGGAAGAAGAAUCCGUCCGUUACAGAAUGGCGUGGGUCCGUGGAAAGAAGGCGGAAGGUGUUAAAACUCGAAAAAUUGUUUUCCAAGGGGAACGAAUCGGUUUUUUGUUGCUUAUGGCUCUGCAAGUCGUUGGACUAUUUCCGUUGAAAGUUUCUCUGGCUCCGAAUUGGACUGGGAUUAAAGGAUCCUGUUGGCCGCUUUUGUUGACGGAAGAACGAACGACGCGACGGCUGGGUUCCCUUCGUUGGGUCUAUACGGCAUUCACGACAUCUUUGAUGAUCACCAGUCUAAUUUCGCAAGCGACAUCAGUUGGCAAAAUCAUAUCGGAAAAUUUCCGCAUGGACGAUGGACAUCAAGAUGAUUUACUCGCUCUCAUCAACGAUGAUCUUAAUAAUAUUAUAUAUUUCAACAUUGUCUUGUUGAAUGCCAUUGCCCUGGGCCUCGUCGCGUUGGUGAAGGAUGCAGAAGUUUUUAGGUGUGCUAGCGAUUUGUGCGAAAAUUGGUCGAGAAGAAUCGACAUCGUAGAAACCGAUUCUGUUGAUGUCCCGGAUCUGAGGCACGCUUCGAAAUAUUAUAAAGACGGCGUUUCCGUCAUUACAUCCGAAGAUAAUAGGAACUAUGAUCACCAAAUGAAGUCAACAUCCCGUGUCUUGAGGAACUUCAAAUCGGGUGUCAUAUUUGCGCUAGAAUUACUUCUCAUCUUCGGAACGCCGUUAUUGCUGCAAUGGAGUUUGCUGUACAAUGCGAACGUGGAUCCCACUGCUGAGCUGGUCACGCAUAAAUCGGCUUUGAUUGAACUCCACGGCUUUGCGUAUGGGUUCAGCGAAAAACAAAAGUACGGUUUUGGGAUGAAGGCGUAUCUGUCAUAUUUGAUAGUCUUGAGCCAUCUUGGAUUUGUUGGACGUCUGACUGGAUUCAUCGCUUCUUGCCUUAUCGUGAAUAAAUGGCUCGCGAGUUGGAAAGUUCAUCUAUUCCUCGCGCUGGGGCGAAAAGAAAACGAGCCCACCUUUCUCCAGCUCCGACGUUACAAGAGAACGGAUGCCCACGUGAAACCGAAGUCUUUGGAAGAGUUAUGCUGGGAAAUGCAGGAAAUGUCGAGCGCGAUCCACAACAUCCAAGAAAUUUAUGCUCCUAUUUUAUUGCUGUACAUAGGAACUCAGGUUAUGGGUUUCAGCUUUGGAAUGUACAGCUUGAUCAGGAAACUUAUCGAGAUGAGCAGCAGCUCGGAUUCAUCUACGCAUAUGCUGCCACAGGUUGCAGUCAUGUUCGUUGAACUGACCCACAAUUGGAGCUUGUUUUUGUGCGUCACGUUGAUAGCUGCCAGGAUUCCUUCUCAAAUCACUGAAGCAGCAGAUCUGAUGAGAGGAGGAGAAAUCGGCUCGGAGAGGGAGGAUGAGAUUUCUCUUGAUGCGGUCAAUAUCAUAUCGAAUUCUCUGGGUUCGGACCUUGCUUUGUCUGCCAGGCACUUCGUUUCCUUUCAUAAGUCGGUCGUAAUUCAGGUCAUAGGAGGAGUUGUGACCUAUUUCGUCAUCUUGCUCCAAUUUCAACCCGCUGCUGCGUAGAUAUAUAGCCCUAAUCGUCGACGAUGGUGGAUGUGGAAUCGAGGAAAAAGCCUACGGAUUCCAGGUUCAAGACUGAAUUUCACGUACUGACUUGCGUAGCACGCUUAUAUAUAUGGGCAAGGAGUACCGUAUAGGUCACGGAAGUCCCGGAGAAGGAAUAUUCGGAGGAAAGUCUUUAAAUUUAGUUUUUGGAUUGCUUGGGGAACACCUACGUUGAAGGCCAUUCUUCAAGUACUUUAUGCUAUGCUGAAUAUACUGGGUUCUGAAAAUUUUUUUAAAUAUCAGUAGGAAUUCUUCGGCUUGAUCAAAUGUCGCGGCUUAUCGGUUCGUGGAUUCCAGUGAGUAAUGAGGGAAUAUUUUUCCCUGCGAGCGUUAAUUGAGGCUAAUCAGGUGAAAUCGUUUGACGCAUCCCAUAAUAAAAAAAAUUGUCUCAAUCUCUUUUGAAUUCGAUUUCCUUUGUUAUGUUUCGAAUAUUUUAAAUCAAGAGUAAAAGUAAAACGUAAGUAUCACGCAGAACACAGGGUAAUUGCGACCGCAGUAAGUGAUCGGUCUUUCCUCUUUUGUGCAGAAGUUGGAAAAUUUUAAGGUUCGUUGAAAGGAUUUAAGCGUUUUACAGUCACAUCCAAGCUUAUUAUUUACGAUGCCUAAAUGUUUUGUAGUAUUCACUUUAGUGCUGGCUGAAGUGGAUGCGAUUCAUGUGUAUUGGUUGUAUGCAUAUUUCAUUUUCAGCGUUCAAGAAACUUUUUUACAUUGUGUGUAUAUGAUGAGGAUGUUAUUAUAGUUAUUGUUCCAUUGUGAAUGCCAUACAAGCAGUGGGAUAUGUAUUCGAAGUACACGUACCUGUAAUUGGUUUGAAAAUCGGCAUUUCGUUUGCUGCUGUAUUUUCUCAGCUUCACCGCGUCAUUUUAAUUGUUUCAUUUUUGAUAUUGCUGUGUUCAUCUUCGUUUGAUAGGUUCCCUUUAUUUUUCGUGUUUCUUAUUUAGUAAGUUCGGGACUGCAUGCUGCAGCAAGAAAAAAAGAAAACCCGUCAUACUAUGAAUCAGAGGUAGACUACCGGUAAAUUAAAUGAACUGAUCUAAAUACUGUAUAACACUGAACUGCUGAAGGAACUCAUGUAAGCUAACUUAAACAAGCUUGCAACUACAUAGCCUGACCGAAAGCAUUUCGGUCAUCAUGUCAUGUUCUCACCGGACUAACCCAACCUUUGACUCAAUAAAUUGUAAUGUAACUCGAUAACCAAUCGUACCCGUAAGAUGUCGUUUACGUGAUGUCAUAGUAUACUGUACCUUGAAUCAUGGGUUUAGACCACUGGGCAUCAGCAUGUGAGCUGGAACAUGUGAAAUUGUUCCCUGUCAUCAAUUUUGAAAGUCUUGUUUCGACAAAUUCUUGUAUUCAGUAAAAGAAACUUGUUCUGAAUACCGUAACUCCCCAACAGUUUCUUGCAUAAGGAGAUUUUAUUGCUUAUAAUAUCUCUCCAUCAGUCAAUGCUGGUUAUUACAUUGCAUAGUGCUAUUGAAGCGGGUUUGAACCGGAUUUUCCGCGCACCGCGUAUAUGCGCGGAUUUAUGAAUAUUUGAUGAGAGCAUAAUCAACGAUGGGAUUUGUUAACGUUGUGCUGCAUGAGCGUAAGAGCCGCUGUAUGUUGUUGAGUUUCAGCGACUCCAUGUGGGAGGGAGAGGGAAUAAAUCAUCGCCGACUCCCUUUUGCGGCGCAGUCCCAUGAUGGGCGACUUUGUUGUCUCCCGCCUUGACGGUCGUCUCGUACGGAAUACAUUCUUUUUUUUUAUCGAAAAAUAAUUUUUCUGACGUUUUCCGGGGACGCCGCUUGAUUCCUUUUCUUAUUCUCUGCUGUUCGUGGGGGUUUUUCUCGGCUCGGGUUAUUACUUGGAGUUCCGGGCGGGUCUCGUGAUGACUCCCCACGAAAGUCGUGUCGCACGCCCUUGUACUACAAACUGGUGAACAACUCGCUGACAAAUUCUCUUAUCGUGUCAUUACAUUUUUUAUUGUCCUCUCUUUUUUGACGAAUUAAUUCAAAACUUUUCCCUUCAACUGUGUGUGCGUAAAGAAAAAGUGGGAUAAGUAAUAUUAUUAUAACUGCAGGCAGAAUUAUAUGCUUGACGUAACUCUGUUCAAAGGGCGUUUAUGCUCGAAUAUUCGACACUUAUUGUCAAGUGCACGAAAAUGAUUGUGAGGUUGCACGGCGUGGAGUGUUGAGAAGUUUUUUUCACAUGAUCUCGAGCAUUGUGAUUAAUUUAGUUAUUAUGUGCAGCAUAGAAUAUUGUCAUUAUAACUAAUUAGUGAAAAUUGUUCUUUCUAUAACUAUAUACUAAAAGUCUGUACUUGCUGAUAUGAAUGCUAUAUACAUUACUGUACUCCAUCUUCUUCCUCGCUUGAAACCGUGUUUCGCGGAAAUGUUUAAGGGAUAUCAAGGUCGGAUUAAAUCAAUUGUACAGCAUGGGAUCAUGCGCAAUAAAAUC